GUCUUCGCGGAGUCAGUUCUGUCGCUCGCAGGACGCGAGGGUGAUCCAGCAGGUCUCGGUGGCGGGUUGAUGGCCAACGAGAGUGGUAAGUCGUGGCUCGCAGAUUGCAGAGGCUGGCCGCCACGAGGAUGCCACAUCCUGGCAACAGGACCUCCUAUUUGAACCUGUGGCGCGAGUUCCUCGUCUUCAACACGACCGCCAAGAAGCUCGGCUUUAAUCGCCGUCCGUGGAAACCUAGCGGGAUGAAUGUGUCCACGGUGUUCCCCGAAGGAUACGUGGAAACUGAGAGAGUACAGCGUCUUACAUCAUCGAUACCUAAGGAGGAGGAGGGAGGAUUUAAUCUGGAACGAUAUCAGCGUAUCAAGGAGUUUGUCGGCUUUGAGGAGAUCACCAAACUCGACUUCCUGGUGAUGCUGUUCGCCGAGAUUCUGGGCACGUUCCUGUUGGUCUUCAUAGGCUGUGCCUCCUGCAUCACGUGGACGGAUACGCCGACUGUCGUGCACAUUGCGUUCACCUUCGGCCUCGCCGUGGCAAGUUUGGCGCAGGUUUUAGGUCCGAUUUCUGGUUGUCACGUGAACCCGGCUGUAUCACUCGGUCUGAUGGUCAGCGGAAAUUGCAGUUUUCUUAAAACCGUUAGCUAUAUGGUCUGCCAAUGUUGCGGCGCUAUCGCGGGUGCCGCCGUUCUCAAGCUGAUAAUACCCAAGACACAUGCCACCGGCGGCCUGGGCGCGACCAUGCUGGGCAACGGCGUGUCGGUAUCCCAGGGUACCGUAAUGGAGGCCAUCAUCACGUUCCUACUGGUACUGGUGGUGCACGCUGUGACGGAUGCCAAGAGGUCCGACACGAAGGGCUGGGCCCCGCUGGCGAUCGGUCUGACGAUCACGGCGGCCCAUAUGGCGGCGGUUCCCAUAACCGGCAGCAGCAUGAACCCCGCCAGGACUCUGGGUCCGGCCGUGGUCGAGGACGAGUAUCAGAACGUGUGGAUCUAUUGGGUGGGUCCCCUCAUCGGCGGCUGUUUGGCCGGCGGUGCGUACAGGAUGGGUCUGAGGGCCAACAAGGAAGACGACGAGGGUUCGUACGAUUUUUGAGAGACUCCUCGGGAUCCUAAAACAUAUGAAGAUCUUCUCGUCAUCUAUUAAAUAGUAUUGUCUAGUUUUUUAUCUUUAGUAUUUAGAGAAUCUUUUUAGUUGGUGCUAUUUAAUCGGAAAGCAUAAUCGAAAAUAUAUCGACAUUAUUGUAUAAAAUUGUAUUGUGUAUAAUAUAAACGACAAAUAAAGUUUAAUAUUAUAUUAAUAUUAAUUUGGAAUAUUAUAUUAUUAAUGAGAUUAAUCAUGUUAUAUAUAUUACGGACUAAGAUACACAUAUAUAUAAUUAUUAUACAGUAAUGCGUAUGAUAUUGAAUCGAUUUCUUUUCUGAAAAAUUACCUUUUUACCUUAAGAAAUUAAAUGUAUUUUUCUCUAGAAUGUGCAUAGAACAAGAGAUAGCUUUUUUAUCUAUAAUCAUUAGCAUAAUCUCAUCGUAAUUAAAGGUCAUUAUACCAAUUAUGUAAAUUCUAUAUUCGCCAGAUUGUACAUCGCCUCCGACUCUGAGAAUUUUGUAUAUAUUGUAUUUAAGUUAGUUUAUAUCGAGAAAUUAAACUAAUUAUCUUUUAUCGAUCUAUGAUAUAUUUUAGCAUAGUCUAGGAAUUAAUUAGUUCAUAACGCACAGAUACGAAUGAUAACAUUAACAAAUAUACUCUUUUAUCAUCGAUA